AGAUAACCCCGGAAAUUAAAACUUUUGAUUACAAAGAAUUUAGUGAGCAUUGUAAGAUUGGGGAAGGUGGAUGUGGAAUAGUUUAUGAAUCCAAGUGGAAAGGAAAGGGUCUAAUGAUCGCGCUUAAGAGCUUUAAUGUGCAUACACGUAAAACAGUCGAAAAUACACACUUAGAUUUAUUUGAAGAG